CUGAAGCUGUUCAUGCACGCACACUCCAAGUCAUGUCGCUCUUCGCAGAGUUCGCCACACCGGCAAGGCGGUCGCGUGAAAGAGACGAUGAAAGCGAGUUCACUGUGUCCGUGGACGGCGAGGCUUCUCCGCAGUCAAGCGGAAACAAACGCCGCCGCCUGAAUCCCGAGGAGGAAGAUGAUGGACAAGAAGAAGAGGAAGAGGGUUCCGAGACACAAGAAGGCGACCUCCUCCCAGACAGCUUCCGCCGAUCACCCAAAGGCAAAGGCCGCGCAAAUGACCCCGUACCCACCGCCGCACCUCAGAAGCAUCAGCCUGGAUCAAUUGUACGGGUGAAGCUCACCGACUUCGUCACAUACACCCGCGCCGAGUUUCACCCCGGGCCAAACCUCAACAUGAUCAUCGGCCCAAAUGGAACGGGAAAGAGCACGCUCGUUUGCGCCAUAUGCCUUGGUCUCGGCUGGCAGACCUCUCAUCUUGGACGAGCAAAAGACAUCGGCGAGUUUGUCAAGCAUGGCGCGAAGAGAGCGGAGAUUGAAAUUGAGCUCGCUGCCCAUCCGGGCGAGGAGAAUCCGAUCAUUCGCACGAGAAUCACCAAAGAGGGCAACAAGGCCGAUUUUUCCAUCAGCGGCAGGAAGUCGAAUAGGAAGGGCGUGCUGGAGCUCGCACACAGCUUUUCCAUUCAAGUCGACAAUCUGUGCCAGUUUCUGCCACAAGAUCGCGUCGUGGAAUUUGCCGCCUUGUCUCCAGUCGAUCUUCUCACGCAGACUCAGCGGGCAGCGGCGCCAGAGUACAUGAGCGAAUGGCACGACAAGCUCAAAGAGCUCCGAAAGCAGCAAAAGACACAACAGAGCGAGCAGCAGGGCCUGAUUGAGAUCUUGAAGACACUGGAAGAACGGCACCGCCUGCAGGAGGCUGACGUCGCUCGUCUUCGAGAGCGAGAAGUGCUCAAGGACAGGAUCAAGGCGAUGGAGAAACUCCGCCCGUUUCCGGCCUACCAGGUUGCAACUGACAAGUUCAAGGAGGCGAAGGCGCGGAAGAGGGACGCGGCGAACGAGCUCAAGGAGCUGGAGAGACGCGUCGAGCCAAAUUUGCGAGCAGCAACGAAGAAGCAAGAAUAUGCCGAGCGUACGGAGAAGGUCGUCAAUCAUCGCAGCAGGCUGGUUGAGCGUGGCGGUGAUGCAGUGAAAGAGGUGGAGCGGAAGAUCAAGGCUGUAGAUGAGAAGCUGCAGGGCUGCGUCGAUGAAAUCGAGGCGGAGAAGAAUACUGUCAAAGCUACCCGACAGAACAUCCCGCGUCUCAACCAGGACAUUGCUCGCAUCGAGAGGGCAUUGCAAAGCCCGCCCGAAGAGUUUGAUGCGGCGGAGAUGAAUGCUCAGAUGCGAGAAAAGACACGACUCGCACGUGAGGUGGAGGAGAAAAUUAGAGAGCUGCAGGGUCGUGGCGAGUCUCUAGCCACUCAGAUCAAGCAGAGACAUCAGAUUAUCGAGGAGAGGAACAAGGAAAAGGAGGGUCUGAGGUCGCAGGCAGGACAGCAGGCCAGCAAACUCAAGCGUGCAUCCAACGACGCCGCACGCGUUUGGGACUGGAUUCAGCGGAACAAGACCGCGUUCCAGAGCGACGUGUAUGGACCGCCCAUCGUGGAGUGCACGCUGAAAAGCCCGAGACAUGCUGCUGCGGUGGAGUCGAUGAUCCCAGACGGCGACAAAAUGUCCUUCACCCUCACCAGCCAGGCAGACAUGAAGAUGCUCCUGGACAAGAUCAGUGAAAUGCGACUGAGAGAUGUCAAUCUGCGCCUCUCCAAUCAACCCUUGGCGGCUUUCCAGAAACCGAAUGUGUCUCAGGAGCAGCUGCGGCAGUACGGUCUGGAUGGCUGGCUGAUUGAUCUUCUCGACGGACCGGAUCCCGUGCUCGCCAUGCUGUGUGACAACCGCAACAUCCAUCAGAUGGGCUAUGCCCCGCGCGAGAUCAACGAAGCCCAAUUCAAUGCGCUGAAGGGGAGUCCUAUCGGCUCCUGGGUGACGCCAAGUCAAAGCUAUCAGAUCACGCGCCGGCGAGAGUAUGGGGAUUCUGCCGUCAGCACACGCGUGCAGGCUUUGAAGCAGCCUCGUUUCUUUACCGACGUUCCGGUCGAUCGGCAGCUGGAGCAAGACAUCGAUCGUGUCAUCCGCGAGACGGAAGGCGAGAUUGAAGAACUGGGCAACGAAAGAAAGUCGAUCAUGGAGGAAGGCCGAACACUGACAGAGGAGCGUAAGCAACACCACUUGGAGAGGAAAGAGAUCGAGGACGAAAAGAACAAGCAGCAACGUGCACUGUCGGAGUUCAACGGCUUGUCCGUCAAGCUAGAAUCGCAAAAGGCCAAGCUCGAGAAGGCAAUGGAGGGCAUUGCUGGCUAUCGAGCUCGCGUCAGGGUGGUCGUCGACAAGGCCGACAAGCUGCAGCUUGAAAAAGGUCAGCUGGCACUGGACUACGCCAACGCCGUCGACGCGUUCCGAAACCUCCACAUGCAAUUGCUCGAAGUUCAGAUCAUGCGGAUUGAAGCCAAUUCGGAUCUUGAGCAGCUCAAGGCGCAGCAUGCAGAAGAGUCGCGCCUUUUGACCGAGCGUCGGAAGGAGGUAGAAGCGUUGCAGGUUAUUCAAGACAAGGCACGUGAGGAGGGACAGGCGCUGGCUCAGAAAUGCCUAGACCUCGGUGCUUCUUUCACCGAAUUGGAGCGGGAGAUUUACGAUGAGUACGAUGGGGAGAAGGAAGCUGGCGAGAAGUGGACGGUGGAGUCGUUGGAGACCGAAAUCCAAUCUCAUCAAGCCAGGCUGGAGAUGACGCACGGCGGAGGCAACGAGAAUACGAUCAACGAGUUUGAACGCCGACAGCGAGACAUCGAGCAGAGGCGAAGCCGGGUGCAUGACCUUGGCGCUGCACUCGACAAAGUGGGUGACGAGAUUACGGAGAUUCGCAAUCGAUGGGAGCCGGAGCUUGACGAGCUGGUGGGCAAGAUCUCCGAGGCGUUCAAGGAGAACUUUGACAAGAUCAACUGCGCGGGCGAGGUUGCGGUGCAUAAAGACGAGGAGUUUGAGCAGUGGGCCAUUCAGAUUCGGGUGAAGUUCAGAGAAAACGAACAGCUCUCCGUCCUCGACUCACAUCGGCAAUCCGGCGGCGAGCGCGCGGUCAGCACAAUCUUCUACCUCAUGGCACUGCAAUCGCUGGCGCGCGCGCCCUUCCGCGUCGUCGACGAAAUCAACCAAGGCAUGGACCCGCGCAACGAACGCCUUGUGCACAGCCGCAUGGUGGACAUUGCGUGCGCCAGUGCCGAAGACGGCCGGCCGGGCUCGCAGUACUUCCUCAUCACGCCCAAGCUGCUGAGCGGCCUGAAGUACCAUCCGAAUAUGAAGGUGCAUUGUAUUGCUUCGGGCGAGUACAUGCCUGCCGACUACCGCGAGCUGGACUUUGGGGUGUUGGCUAAGAAGGCUUUGGCGCUGCGGAGGGGUGGGAGGGGAGUGAGUGCUGCUGGUUGAGGCGAUACCGUUCAUAAGGCGGGAGAUGAUGGCCUUUUGCUUUGAUGUUUGAGGCUGAGACGGUGUGUGCGUGUUUGAACAGGCGAGGAUAGAUGUUGUAUUGGCCAAUCAUGCGCUCAUCCGGCGCUUAAUGAUGCGUAUUGCGCUACUGAUGAACAGUGCUUUGGUCGAUUUCUCAAUGCAACAAAGCCGUGUGUCGUUAAGCGCCAGG